AUGGAAUCUGACCUCGCACGCCUUCUACAAUGCAACGAGAUGCCAUCCCAGCGAAUGAUGGCCGAGAUAAAACAUUUCCUACAAGAACCUUUGGCAAAAUUCAGGGCCAACCAGCUGGAGAUUGAACGUCUGGAAUACGCCAUACGAACUCUCAAUAACGAACAAGCAAAAAUUAAAGAAAUUGUCAAGCCGUACAAUACCGUCCUUGCGCCAAUUCGACGUCUACCCACAGAUAUACUCCGUGAAAUAUUUUCUCACUGUCUAUCUUCCCAUCGCCUCCCCAUCAUCAGCGCAACAGAAGCGCCUCUGCUACUCACCCACAUCUGUAGCAGCUGGAGAACCAUCGCUUUGUCUUCCCCGUUGCUGUGGUCCAAGAUUAUCAUAUCUCUUCCUUCUCAGACGUAUUAUGACAACAAUGACAGUGACGAGGAGAAGGAGGACAAGUACAUACUGAGCGAAGAAGAAAUGGCUCAAAGACAAAAUUACGAACGUGUUGCUGAAUUACGCGCUGAAGUCACCAAGAUUUGGUUAGAUCGCUCCGGACCCAAUUGCCCUAUUUCUAUUUCCAUCGUGUGCCCUUAUACGAGAUACCCUUGCUGGAACAAUUCCAUUGCAAAUAUCAUCGAUAUCAUCAUACAGCACUCACGGCGUUUUCACUCGAUCGAAAUGGCGGUCCAACAAAACUUGUAUAGCCAUAUUCAAGAACUUCUCUCAGAUGCAGAUUUAUCAAUGUUAAAAGCCUUUAAACUCAAGAUACAAGAACCUAUCAGUUAUAGAACGCCUGCUAGACUACCCAUUGAUACUCCAGUUUCUCUUCCCUUGAAGAACCUCAUGCUUGACACCUUUUCUCUUUCGUGGAAAACAUGCACUAAAGAUUUCACCGUCAUUCCUAUUUCGUGGAAUCACCUUCGUCGUCUUUUCUUGCACUCCCCCAUUCAACAAAAGGAUAUCAUCCCUCUGCUUUCUGAAUGCUCGAAUCUCAGCGAAUGUAGAAUCUGGGUUUCAAAUUACUUUCAGGAACCCGAAACUACCCCAAAAACAUUGACUCGAAAGGUGUUUUUACCUCGCCUACACUCUUUAUUCAUUCACGAUACGACACGUAGCCCUGUUACAGCAGCAGCAUAUGCAGCAAUUGAUGCUCCAGCUCUGAGAACCGUGGGAUAUACUCGAUCCUAUCAUGGAUCGGUUGAUCGGUAUGGAACCGUUACAGAGGACCUGAGCGCACAACUGUCUUCGUUCUGCCAUAUUGUUGAGGGAGCUUCUGUUGACAAAUUUAUGCUAGCAAUGGCUUACCAGCUCUCCGAGACCAUAGUUGGUGUACUCAAGAGGACUACUUGGCCCAAGCAUGUUAUCAUUGGUCAGAAACCGCUUCCAUUUCGUCUGGCAGAAUCUACGGGGAGCCCAAGAUACUUGGAUACUACGGGGCCUCAAACUCUUCCAGAACUGAAUCAAUUUGACCUCAGUAGCUUGACUAUCACAAACGAAUCCCACUCGACAGGCCAUUUGCUCCCGCGUCUGGAGUAUUUGGAGGUGUACGGCAUCUCGUGUUCUAGCGACGACGCGGCGGCCACGAUGAUCAAAAGUCGACUGUCUGCAUAUAAAGCAGGUUAUGUCUCGUGCCUGAGAACAGUCAUACUUCACUUUAACAGGCCCAUGGAAAGAGAUAUAGAGGGGGAGAUUCGUCAAUACGCAUAUGACGCAGGUGUCUCUCCGGUCAAACUCAAGCUGAUGUAUAAACCGGUUAAAAGUCGCCUACCACAUAUGAUGACCUAUUCUUCUUCGUAUGGACUAUCAAAUCGAAAAGGCUUUACUUGGUCCGGUGCUAUGGAGUACGAUGAGUUUGGCGAUUCCGUUGACUCUGGAGAACAGGACGACGACGAAUACUGA